GCACAUUUGACGAAUUGUUGAUGUUUUCACAAUGGAAAAUUUAUUUGAUGACGAUGAUCUGCCAUUGGACGACAGCUGUGACCCAAUUAAGGAGGAACAAUACACGAACGUACUGCCAACGCUGCAACUAGACACUUCGCUAAAUAAAAACAUCAAAACAGAUGACGAAGAUGAAAGUAUUGAUAUAUGUAGUACAGAAGCAUUAUUAGAAAUAGUAAAUGAAAAUCCUACUACAUUGGUACCUAGGGUAUUCCCUGGUCCUAUGGAAGAAAGGCUGACGGAAACUUCAAUGCUAGAAUUUUUCAGUACACCUGGUACCCAUUUUAUGCAUAUACAAAUGCCGAAUGCAAUGCCGGGAUUAGACAAAGAUCGCACACUCAAAUGGAAGCCAACUGCAAAUAGGGAUAUAUAUAAACCGAAGCAAACGGAUCAAGCUCCCCCUAUACAAACGACACAAGAGCCCUUAUCGUAUAACACAUCGCAUCUAGCUUCUUUGCCUUCUGGAAAACUAGGAAGGAUUCGUAUCCACAAGAGUGGUAAAGUGCGAUUGCAUAUCGGCAAUCAUGUAUUCAACUUCGCACAAGGCAACAGAAUGACAUGUAAACAGCAAGUUGGAUGUCUAUUGGAAGAAAAUAACGAAUUUCUUUUCCUGGGCAACUAUCACAAAAAAUUUGUUGUUUCGCCGGACAUAAGUACAAUGUGGAAACAACAAGAAUAACUUAUGGUAGUGAAUAUAAUGUUAAUAUUUU